GACAACUUUGAACAAUGGCCGUCGUGAAGGUUCGAAGCGUGACACUGGUGGUCUGGGCGCUGAUAGCCAGCCUGGUGACGGCCCAAAUCACAUUCAGCCGCGACUGGACGGGCGGGAAACGCGCCCCGGCGCCACUCGACUGUGCCCAGUUCACACGGCUCUGCCGGCAGUUCGUACACGAUCUGAAGACCUCGAUGGCCGUCUCCGGCUUGGAGAAGCACCGACGUCCUAACUCCGACGACCCCAACUACGACGAAGACAAAUAGACCACUACUGCAGCUGGAGCCGGAGUCAUUGAGCGAUUUAUAGAAAAGUACUUACACACAUUUACAUACAAUGAGCAACAGAAGUUGCUAAGCGGGCGAGGUGUUCAAAAUGAUCUUGACGGGACUUUACUAAUAAGAGAAUAAGAGCGUGUCAAGGUAUUUUUGAAUACCUCGCCCGCUUAGCAACUUCUGCUGCUGAUUGUACAACAUAGAUUAAUAGGUAGUAAAUUUUUGAGAAAUGCCUAGUUUGAUUUUAGAACCACUUUUUAUUAUAACAAUUUUUGUUUAAGAAUUUGUAUUUUAAGUUACAAGUUUAGGUUUGCGAAUCGUAACUUAUAAACAGCAGCAAAAUUAGUUACAUUACUCAAAAGAUCUGCACAGGCUAUAUUUUCUCAACAAUAGAGCUGUGUGUAGAUAAUUUUUGUGCCCUACGUUUACUUAGUUUCUGUCUAACUAUAAAUUAUUAUAACACUUAAUGACUUUUGCUGUAAAACGACAUAUCUACUACGCCAAAAUGUAAGGCAAUUUUUUCUAGUCAUUCUGUGAUUUUAGUUAAAAAGUAUUUGUGGUUUAUAUCAAUAUUAUUUAAUUGUAAGUUUCCAUACUAGUCUUCCUAUUUGUUAAAGGCUGGAUAACCCUUUUACUUUUUACUACGGACACCUAAAAUGCCACCAGCUCCCAAGAGACCGUGAGAUGAAAAAAUCGUGUUCCUUUCGAUGCAGGCGGCAUUUUAUGACUCAUUUUGAUUUUGACGUCAUUUUAUGCUCCAGGUUAAACUUUGUAUUUUUAGUAAAUUGUUAUUUUUGGUAUACUAAACUUAAAUUUUGUUAGAUUUUCACAAUUCUAGGUUUAAUAAAAGUAUAUGUAUGUAUAGAUAAGUAAUAAUUAUAUUCUAAAGUUAGUGUAACAUGUUAUAUAACAUAAUUAUAUUGUUAUUAAGUGAGCGACAAUCUCGAGAAUGCAGCCCCAAAUAAAGCACAUUCGACUAA